ACUUUCAAAAGAGAAGCUGUUGCGAGAAUGGAGAAAGUGAGAAGAUCGGUGAAGCAAAUAGCCUGCACUCCAGCCUCUCAGAGGCUCUUCACUCUCUCUGCUUUCCAGCUUUCUCUCGUCCCGCUCCUAUCCAUCGCCUCCUCUCUCUACUCCGUCGCUCUCCGCCUCCGCCGCCAUCUCUAUCGCUUCAACCUCCUUGAGAAACACAGGUUGCCGGUGCCGGUGAUCAGUGUUGGGAAUUUAACGUGGGGAGGCAAUGGGAAAACUCCAAUGGUCCAGUUUCUGGCGCGCUGUUUUGCUGAUGAUGGAAUUUCACCUCUCAUUCUCACUAGGGGAUACGGUGGUGCAGAUGAAGCCAAAAUGCUUCAGAGGCAACUCCGGGGAAUAUCUGUGAAAAUUGGUGUAGGCGCAAAUCGAGUAGCCAUUGCUGCUAGACUUCUGGAACAAUAUGGCUAUGUAACUUCCCCUGGUGGUUCGCAGAAACAACUAUCUGAAGAAAAAACAGAAAUUCUAUCUAAAGCGGAUAUGAUUGGGGUUGCUAUCCUAGAUGAUGGGAUGCAGCAUCUCAGUGUGUGGCGUGAUGUAGAGAUUGUGAUGGUGAAUGCGCUGAUGCCAUGGGGAAAUCAUCAGUUACUCCCACUUGGACCAUUAAGGGAACCUUUGACUGCACUCAGACGAGCUGAUAUUCUAGUCAUCCAUCACGCAGAUUUGAUACAGGUAAACGAUACAGAUGCCUUAGAAUCAAUGAUUCGAAAAGUCAAAGUAUCACUUCCAAUUUUCUUCACUAAAAUGGCUCCAAUGCACUUCCUCCCAUGUCGAGAUGUUUCUUGCAAACUGUCACUGAAGGCUGUAGAUAAUAUGACUGUACUCUGCCUUUCAGGCAUUGGCUUUGCUGAUUCCUUUAUUCAGACAAUUGAAAGGAUGGGAGCCGCAUAUGUGGAUCACCUAGAUUUCAGUGACCACCAUUUAUUUCAAUUGAAGGAUAUUGAAGUGGUACGAACAAGACUUCAAGAACUUGAAUCCGAGUAUGGUGCUAAGCCAAUUGUUGUUGUAACUGAAAAGGAUUAUGACAGAGCUCCAGAGGUACUUGAACAUUUGAAACCUUACGAAGUUUUAGUACUUUGUAGUCACUUGCAAUUUCUGGCGCACAAGGGAAGCACAGAAGAUAGCUUCAAAAAGAUUAUGUGGGAGCGUUUAAGACAAAGGUCGGGAGUAACUAUGUCUUUAGGAUAAGGGGUUGGAUCUUGUCCAUGACAAAUGGAUACAGAGUUUUUUUGGCUUUCUGGAAACUCUUCCUUGUUCUUGGUUCUCCUUUUACCUGUAUUUUGUGAUACAGCUGCAGUUAUUAUUCUAUGCUGAACAUAGUUCUAUAUAGUUUGAACUUUUCUCACAUCUAGAUUUGGAGAAAGGUAAAGUUAGAUUAGACUGGAGCUUAGACGAAUCUUAUCGAGCCAAGUAUAUUAUAUCUUAAGUUUAUUUGAUUUGUUAUCGAACAUUGGGAAAUAUGUGCUAAUUAAUCAAAUCAAGCUUUAAUCGAGUAACACAACAAGCUU